AUGCUGCGCCUCUGCCGAGUAUGUCUGAAGGUGCAAUCGCACCAAAAGAAAAAGUCGCAACACCCCAACGCCGGUACACGGUUUGGACGUGUGUACAACCGGGGAUUUAUUCGUUACGGCUUCGGCGGCUUUGGCAUGAGUGUUUACACACCGAAGAAGGAUCGCACAUUCCGUGUGCAGUCACUGCCGCCGCCACCAGUGGACGUCUUUGCGGAUAACGCCCCAUUAGUGCCCACAACGCGGACUUUGUCACCUAACUUCCGCGCCUUUGCGCUGCAGGAUGGCGGGGUGCUGUUCUCCCACCCCUCGCAUGAGCAGAUCAUGCGCUGGGGACAGGGCGUGCUAACGGAGGAGACAAAGGCUACUGGUAUGACCUCUAUGGACAACUACGUUAACUCACGAAUUCAGUCAAUCAUAGCGGAGAACACAGUGGAGAAUGUCGCGUUAAGUCAUUGGCGGCGGCGUCACAUGUGGAACCUUGUCAAGGCGCAUGGAAAGUUACAGCGGCGGUGGGGUAUGCCAGAUGCGGUGGUGGGAUCGCGCUCGAACAUCUAUGGACGGUCAUGA